AUGGGAAGUAAAUUAUCCCCCCUACUGGCUGAACUCUUCAUGAGUGACUUCGAAACAGAUCUCGAAAAACGGGAGAAACUUUUCCCUCGUGUUUGGUGGCGUUAUGUUGAUGAUAUCUUCGCCACCGUAAAGGAACGGUAUCUCCCGCAAACGCUUGAGGUUUUGAACAACCAGCAUAGUUCGAUUAAAUUUACCGUCGAAAAAGAAGUUGAUGGGAAACUUCCAUUCCUCGACCUGUUAAUUUCUAGAAAAGAAGAUAACACGGUGAAAUUCGGAAUUUACCGUAAACCCACGUCAACAGAUCGCUAUAUUACGGUUGAUUCAAACCAUUUUGGAGCGCAAAAGCAAGCUGCCUUUCAUUCGAUGGCCCACCGUCUGUACAACAUACCGAUGGAGAGCCAUGAAUUCGAACUAGAAAAGCAAAAAAUCUUGCAGGCUGGUGAAUUAAACGGAUACGAUCAAGAAUUCGUCAGCAAAAUCCUCCGAAAACACGAAAGAAAAAAGCUCCGUAGCAACGCAACCACAUUCAAACCAGAAAGAGAUGAAUCCCAAAGAGUCAGCCUGCCGUACCACCCACCACUGACAAAUAGUAUCUGUAAGAUUCUCUCUAAACAUGGUCUGAAAGUGGCUUACAAAAGUUCAAACACUUUGAAAGAUCGACUGGUUUCUCUAAAAGACAAAGUGCUACCGGAAGAGAGAUCUGGAAUUUAUGAGAUUCCAUGUCAAAACUGCCCGGCCGUCUAUAUUGGGCAAACCAGACGGAAAUUCAGAACCAGAAUCAAAGAGCACAAAAACGCAGUAGAUAACAACAGGAGCAACGAAUCAAGUGUAGCUGCCCACGCGUCAGAACUUAAUCAUCACAUAGAUUGGGGAAAGGUUAAGUUCAAAAAAUGUGUACGCAAAGCGUCACAUUUAAACGCAUGGGAAUCCAUGUAUAUCACUACAUCGGAAAGGCCACUUAUGAACGAGGAUGAGGCUCCAAUCAUAUCACCGCUUUUCAACCUGCUCAAACCAAGUUUUCAACAACCCGACCACCCUUCGACGAAUACUAUUGGAUAG